GCGGACAGAGAGAAGACAGACGCUGAGAGAAAAACGGAGAUGAUGAUGAUGAAGAACCCCAUCAUUCUGGUGGCCUGCGCCUUGCUUUUCUCAUCCCUCGCUGUCCUGGCAUCUCAGAACAUCUUUGGUCCGGAUAAGUGCUGUUUUGCGUUCAUCUCCCAGCCCCUGCCUAAGAAGAAGGUGAUGAGCUACAAAUACACAGACCAGCUGUGUCCAAUGGAUGGUGUGCUCUUCACGAUGCUGAGUGCGCGAGAGAUCUGUGCCGACCCGUCUGUGGUGUGGGUCAAGAAAAUCAUCGAGGCCAAAGACAGAGUCCAGGCUAAAAAAGUGAACAGCUCUGUGUCCAAAGAAACCAACUGACAAAGUGUAAUUUUCGACACCCAACUUUAAAGCAGAGGUGGCGAUGUAGCGGUAACCUGUGAUCUAUCUAUCUGUCCCUAUUUUUAUACAGAUUAUUUUUCUAUUAUCUUUAAAAUACAAUACAAUAUAAUAACAAUACAAAAUAACUCCUCAAUUGACUUCUUUUUUAUUAUCUGUUCUUUUGUCUGUUUUAAUUUGUCUGUCCAUAGAUGUAUUGAAAGACUAGAUGUAAGCUCUUUUACAGUGAACCAUGUACUAAAAUUGUUCUCUGA